AUGGCGCAGAAGGGAGAUGGCGACUGUCCGAACCGAGGCCUCUCUCAGCCACCCGGCGUACCGUCCCAGGCAUUCUCCUGUCCAGCUAUUCUCAUGACACACCCGACGGCGGUUUCCGAUGAUAUCCCAAUCGGCAUAGCCAACGAUAUCGAAUUUGCAGUCUUCUCUGCUGAUAAUGAGGCGGCAAUUCACCUUUUGGAGACCAUUCAGUGCAAAUCAUCGCCCCCAACGCUCAAGAGCGACGAAAAUACCAUCGGUUAUCAGUUAUCAAUACCCUUGUCAUGCGACAGUCUUGGCUCUGGACGAUUCAGAUGGCGUAUUGGCGCUGGUCCAUCUCCGGCAUUGAUUGAGAAGGGAUUGUGCUGUUGUGAACCAGAUAUUCUUUUGUGUCCACCGGGCAGGACGCCGAGCUCCGCGGCUGUUCGGCGAUUCAUCAAGGACAUACACGCCAGUAUUCACUUCCAUCCGCAAUCUGGUGUUCUGUUGCUUAAGACGCAUUCCAGUCGACCUAUUAUCUACGAGCAAGGCGAUGUGGACGAUCAUGAUUUGAUACUGGACAUGCUGGGGAAGAGGAAUACAUGCGUCCUGCGGCGACAACGGAAUUUUCUGCGCUUUGGCCAAUACCGCUUUGCACUUGAAUUCAUUGUUAAAGACGAAGACUUGGGCAAACUCAGAGCUCAUCUCGACGAUAAUCUUAGUUGCCGCUACAAUGGUAUCCGGCCUUCCCAGUUGCUCAAUUUUAUACCCACGCCGCAUUCUGAGACGUCUUGGAACGUAUGGCUGCACCAGAAGAUUCCAAGCACUUCCAUAACAUCUGGUGUAAAUAUUCACACGGGACAACCAGUUGCUGUUAAAAAGCUGCAAGUAAAGGCUAGAUCACGGCAGCACAUGCUACAUCAGCUCCAGUUUGCCUGUCAGUUUAACGGCAAAUCGGAUAAGGGCGUUCUCGGCGUCAUUGACACCUGGUGUGAGCACAAGAUGUCACCACCAUGCUUUUUCAGCGACCCAAAAACGCCUCAUCGCUGUAGGCAUUUGUUCUAUUCUAUGCCUCUGGCCGAACACCACUUUCUCAAUAUGCCGUGGGUGAAGAUAGACACCCACACUCGUCUUCUUUAUUUCUAUCAAACUUUAACAGGACUAGCUGAGUUGCAUCGACAUGACGUCGUGCAUGGGAAUAUUCUACCCGAAUCGUUGCUUAUACUGCCUGGUAUCGAAUCGACGGCGAUGAUAGAUCGCAAUCUGCCUAGAAAAGCCGUUAUUUCCCUUUGUAUGAGGCAGCCGGACAAGCCUAACCCGAGCGUCUGUGUUGCUCCAGAGAUUUGGGCAAAUCGGGACCCCGUGGAUAAAGCCAAAGCUGAUGUAUGGGCGCUUGCUGCUUCUUGGCUUUUUGCUUUCGUAAGACCACCAGGCAGUAUCAAGAUAACACCAGUGUCUUACCAAGCCCUGCAAAAAACUUUGGAUAGCCAAACCAAAAAGGGCUUCAUAAAUGAGCCGUUUGCAGCCCUGUUACGACAAAUGUUAGCUUGGGAACCGCGCGACCGACCAAGUGCCGCCGAACUGCUUGCAGAUACCAUAUGGGAAUCUGUUCUGGCACAUACACGAUCAGUCGAAGAUACUAAGAAGCGAAAGCGAAUGGAGAAUAUACAACACUCCCCAAACCAAACCAGGAGAGUCAGGUUACUCUCCCCUGACGUAAACGAUUGA